UUGCUUGGUGUAGGAAAUACGGCUUGCUGUUUCCUCACUUAGACUUUGAAAUUAACAAGACGCACGUGAACGCAGCAUAAAGGCAACUGCGCAGUUCAGGGUCUACAGUUCGCUACUGCUCACCAAACACUUGACAGAGAUGUCCAACGUCACUGCAACGAGUCUGCGUCUUCUCCACUGCUACUCAAAGCCUGGUACAUUUGGAUAUGGUCCUGGUGUCAGGAGGCCAUUCAGUCUCAGCAUGCAGAGAGAGGGCUACAAGUAUGUGAAUGCUCUGGAGCUGCCAACAGACCUGAGGUCCAUCACUGACCGGGCUGCCACGACCCUCCUGUGGACUGAGCUGUUCAGAGGUUUGGCGAUGACCAUGAGUUACUUGUUCCGUGAACCUGCCACCAUAAACUACCCAUUUGAGAAGGGGCCGCUGUCGCCCCGUUUUCGUGGAGAGCACGCCCUCCGCCGCUACCCUAAUGGAGAGGAGCGCUGCAUUGCCUGUAAACUGUGUGAGGCCAUCUGCCCUGCUCAGGCCAUUACCAUUGAAGCUGAGACUCGGGCGGAUGGCAGUAGGAGAACUACACGCUAUGACAUUGAUAUGACCAAGUGCAUCUAUUGUGGCUUCUGCCAGGAAGCCUGUCCUGUUGAUGCCAUUGUGGAGGGCCCAAACUUUGAGUUCUCCACAGAGACCCAUGAGGAACUGCUGUACAACAAGGAGAAGCUGCUCAACAAUGGAGACCGAUGGGAGGCUGAGAUAGCAGCCAACAUACAGGUAGACUACCUAUACAGAUAGACUGACUGUCGUAUCUGAUUCCACAAAGAUAUGUCAAACGGUAAAAUGAUGUGUUCUAUGCACUAAAGAUAUUACUAGCAGUUUUACAGAUAUUCAAAUAAGUUACAUAAGAGUUGUGAAUCCUUGCAGCCAACAUAAAAAUGCACAAUUGUGUAUGUCUUGUGUUUUAAAGAUGGAUGAUAUUGUACUUUAUGAUGAUGAUGAUUUUAAAAGCUGUAACCCAUGUAAACUAUGCACAUGUCUGUGAUGGACUACUUUCUGCUGGUCUGUAAAAAGCAUGGUUUGUCUUUUUAAAUUGGUUGGACAUUUCUUAAAUAGAAUAUUUAUGUACUGUUGACGCUAUUUAAGAGAGUGAAAUAAACCUGGUUUUAAACUUU